AGGAAUGCUUGGACAGCGAAAUUCAACAGUAUGACGCUAACUAUGAAAAGUUUCAAUUCUUAAUAGCCAGUUGGGUGGUUUCUUUCUUUAAAAUUUUCGUUUAAUAAUCUCUUCUCGCACAAUAUAAUCUCUUCUCGUUAGAUUACCAUCCGACGUUGGCAGCCGAAACUGAUAUCUAUACUGAGAUGGCAAAAGAAGCACAACCUACUCGUAGUAACAAGGAUGAAACGGAAAUCAAUCGCCUGUUCGGCACUCAACAAAAGACCACCCAACGUUGCCAACGAACUCCACACCUCGGAAAAGCGUGGCGAUGUCCGGUGAUGGAACAGCGGAAAAACCCUUCAAAACAAUCCUGCAAGCCACGAAGGACGCCGGUAAGGAACCUUUCUCAGCAAUUUACGUGGACGCCAAGAAUGCAAAAUCGGAAUCACUCUACCAACUGGCAGCCAAAUCUCAACUCAAGAAAAUUCAGAAGCUCUGGGUUCGCGAUGGCUUUAAAAACGUCGGUAACGAGUGUAUGGCUCACAACCGCACGGGGGAUACGGGUUGGGAUUGGAGCGAUUCAUGUGCUGGCUGCUCAACAGGUACCACAUUCGUGAGGUUUGUCUAUACCCCAGGUUCUUGGAGAGAUGCACACCUACAGCAGUAUCUGCAUUUAUACUUGCAAGCAUUCGGAACUUCCGAAAGCUAUCCUAUUUUCUAAUCGAUUUCUCUGAACACCAUUUCUAAAAAACUAGAAUUUGAUACUUUUAUUUUAAGAAAAUAAAACAUUGUCAUUCUAUAUCAAUAUAUUCGUACAUCUAAUAAAGCAACAUACAGAAAUGAGGGAAUUGUAUUAGGCACCUA